UUGUGAAAAUUAACGCACAACUACAAGAAAAAGUUUUUCUCUACAAUGAAAAUUUCUCUAUAAUUUAUUAAAGAUAAAAGGAAACGGAGGAAUUACUAACAACUUCUAAAGAGUUAUCAUGGAAUAACUCUCAAAUGGAAGAUUCGGAAUACUUUCAAUCGUCCAGUGAAAAUAAUAGGAUAAAGCAGAGAGAGAAAUAUUUUUGUUCAAAGUGUCAGAAACGAUAUAAAAGUCAAUUGGGUUUUUCGUCUCAUUUAAAAUUCAACUGUAUUAAACUAGAAGAAGAAGACGACGACGAAGAAGAAGAAGAAGAAGAAGAAGAAGAAAAUGUUCGGUUCAAACAUCCAAGUUGUAUACAAUUAAGAAAAAGAGAGAGUCCCAAAAUUAAUAUUCGUCCUUCAAAAUUUUUGCCAAAAGAGCGACCAAGAGGACGAAGAAGAGAAAUCAAAUCUUCAUUUCGGAAAUUAACCCCAAAUACCUGCUAUUCAUGUGGAAAACAAUUCAACAUAGAAUAUGGACUCGCCAGACACAUUUCUGAAGGUUGUCUAAAUUCCCUCUACAAAUGUCCGUAUUGCAAUUAUCAAGAGGAUAAUCAACUCCUAGGAUUCUUUCACGUCAUCAAAAAACAUCCAGAAUUAAAAGUUUAUUUAAUCAACAAAUUCCGAGGCAAGGAGAAAACUCUUAGUCGAAAAAUGGAAACAUAUUUACGCUCCGUUCCCGUUUUUCGACGUCCCUCAGCACAAAAUCACACCGACGCUUCGAAAAAACCCCCAAACAAUUGCGAAACGACAACAGAUCAACAAAAAAAUUCGCCAAACAUUUCCGAAAAUGAAGAACAGUAUUCAACAGAUAUCACCUGUCCGAAAAAUUGCGGUAAAAUAUUCUCCAAAUCCGACAGUAUUGAUCAUCAUUUAAAAAGAUUUUGUCCCGAAGUAAAUCGCUAUCGUUGUGCAUAUUGUAGCCGAAAGUUCGCCUCAUUCAAACUAACCAUUUCACACACCGAAGAAGAACAUUCAAACGAACAAGUUUGUGCCAUUAGUUUACACACGAAACAAAAAAUUUACAAAAAUUCCCUCAGCGAGAGAAAAUUGGAAGGUUCGGUAAUGAAGCAACAACGUAAACGAAGAAGAUCCUCCACAUCGUCUGAAAAUCUAUCCAAACGACAGAAAAUCGAGGAGAACCCUAAGGAAAAAGAAAAUUUGGAGAGAAAACCGAAAGAAAAGGAGAAUUUGGAGAGAAAACCGAAAGAAAAGGAGAAUCUGGAGAGAAAACCGAAAGAAAAGGAGAAUUUGGAGAAAAAACCGAAAGAAAAGGAAAUGGAAAUAGGCAGUAAAACAAUUCCCUGUUCGAAUGGAUGCGAUAGAUUUUUUACUCUACCGCGUUAUGAGAAAAUUCACUUCAAAUACUGUACGCUUCCAAAGCGUUAUCAAUGUCCCUACUGUCCGGUUAUUUACAAAAUGAACUCGGAUGUUACGUCACACAUCGCUCGCCAUCAUCCGGGAAUGGAAAUUUAUUCCAUCGACACUCUGGGUGACGAUCCAAACUCGAAUUCUACUUUAAGUGCAAUAGACGGAAAUCGAAAAACAGAAAAUGAAAAGCAAAAAGAAAUCCCAGUCGAGCGUUACGAGAAAAGAAAACUCCACUUAAAGUGCCCCAAAUGCGACACUAUUUACGAACACCCAGACGAUUUAUGGGAGCAUUUCCAAAAAUGUCCAAAAAAGCAGGUACAGAACCAAGUAAUUAAAAGUCCCCAAAAACCACUCAAUGACAUCGAGUUCGUCAACAUUUCCGAACCGGAAAUCCUUUCCCAAACUGCCGAAUUUGUCGGCGAAUCCAAUGAUCUCAGCUAUUUGGAUAUUCUCGAAGGUCCGGAGGAAAUGGACGAGACUUUAAUCGACAUCGCGAAGGACAGUGAUUCAGACGAAGACUCAUGCCCAAAGGAACUGUCAGAAGAGGCACUGAACGAAGAGGUUUCGAAAUUUGUUCGAAUGGAGGCGGAAAAUCAAGCAAAUCAGGGGGAGAAAACAGUGAAUCAAUUUGUGUGUCCCAAUAAGUGUGGUUGUAAAUUCACCAAACAGACGACGUUGAAAAUUCAUUUGAGUUUGUGUUGCCAAAAACCGAUACGAUUCAAGUGUCCUUAUUGUGAAUUCUUCACUCAUGGCGAGUCGAAUGGUUUUUGCCACGUUGAAAAAUACCAUUCGAGUGAGGAAAUUUCGCUUAUUGAUCUGAUUACGAGGAGGGAAGUUUAUCCAGGGAAGAAAGUAAUAACCAUUGAUGAGAAUGACAUUGAGUGUGUGGAUCUGAGCAGUGAAAUCGAUGAAAGUGAACAAACUAUGGAGACGAGUGAAGGAAAUGAAAUGAGUGAAGACAAUGAAAUUAAUGAAAUUAAUGAACUGAAUGCUAUGAACGAGAGUACGACAAUUUUAUUCCAAUGUCGUUAUUGUAGUUAUUCGACGAAAAAACCCGAAGAAGGAUAUAUGCACAUGAAGAUGAGGCAUGUCAACGAAAGCAAUGCGUUAAUUUGUGCCAAACCUCCAAUUGAUGAUGAAAUACAGAUAAUCGAUUAGGAACUUUCAUUAAAUUUCAACAUUCUCAGGUUGUUUCUCAUUGCACAUUUGAAGUAUUCAUUCCAAGUCAGUGGUAUAUUUAUAAAUAUCUUCGUUAUCUUUGAUUCCAAAGAAUAGUUGUACGAAAUUUAAAUUAUAUAUUGCAACUUUUAUUUGUGUUAUUUAAACUGUUUUUUUAAAAGCAAAGCUAAUAUUCUAAAAUAUUCAAAUUACAAAAAUGUUAAAGUAGUCUGCAUCUACUGUUAUAUAAUAAUUAUUCACAUG